CCAGUGCAGAUAAUGGCCAGAUAUUUACAGGCUUUUCAUGCACGCAAGAACCCUGUCUUCAUGUUUUCCAGGAAAACAUUUGUUUAUGCUCUAUAUCACAUGAUUAAUCCUCAUAUGUGCAACAUCAUAAGCUACAGGAAAAGAGACCUGAAAAAAAUGAAGAGGCUCCCAUUUCUAAGCUGUAUCAGCUGAUGAUUUUUUUUCUCUUUUGCCCCCUCCUCAGUCCAUCUAUCUCUCUCUCUCCGGCACAGACUGUUCUAAUGUUAGUCCUACUAACUGAUGUGACCCACGCUCAUACACACACUGGGCAUUGCAAGCUGUGAGGAACAACUGUACGUUCCUCUUGUUUUUUUUAUUUUUCAUUUUCUGUUGAUUUGCUCACUCUGCCUUGAUAGGAACGAUUAUGAAGACCUAUAGAUGAUGAGCACAACAGAAAGGAGAUGUCCAGGUGGAUUCAUCAUGGCAUUCAUUUGGUGUAGACUAGUGGAUGCUCCUGUUUGCUAAGGAACUGUUACAACAGCAUUUGGCCAGGAUGAACAUUAUAAUUUCCUGGAGUUUGAUGACCCUUCUGAGCCUGUGUGGAACAUCAACAAGUUGUCCAUCAGUCUGUUCCUGCAAUGUGAACCAAACAGACUGCAGUGACCUUAACCGACCGGUUUCCUUGAACUCCAUCCUGGACCAGCUUCCCUUCAACACAAGCUACCUCAACCUCUCAAAAAACAACUUCACCAUUGUGGAACAAGGGAGCUUUUCCAAUCUCAGCAUCCUGAUGUAUCUAGACCUCUCCAGAAACCUUCUCUCCACCAUCAACCCUGGAUCUUUUUCCAAUUUCAGUGGCCUGCUACAUCUAGACCUCUCCAGAAACCUUCUCUCUACAGUCUCCCCUUCUAGCUUCUCCCUGCUGAACAACCUGGAGUUCCUGGAUCUCUCUGAAAACGUCCUUGUGAGGCUACCCGUCAAUCUGUUCUCUGAUCUCGGCAGCCUAACGGAGCUGGUUCUAAGAGACAACAGGUUAAAGGAACUGAACCCAGACCAGUUCAAAGGCCUGACUGAGCUUAGGCGCCUGGAUCUUUCCUUAAACAGUCUCAUCUCCAUGCCCACACACCUACUGGAUGGGCUCCAGAACCUAGUGUGGCUCUCGCUUGUAGGCAACAAGCUGAGAACCCUGCAGCGGACCACACUUGAGCCAGCGACUGCUCUACAGCACCUUCUGCUCGACGGAAACCCCUGGAACUGCAACUGCAACUUGAUCCCACUCAAGCACUGGCUGGAAUGGAUCAUGUAUACAGGUGGCCAUGUAGAUUCCGCCAACUGCUCUUUCCCUUCUAAUUUGCAUAGUAAGGAUCUUCGCAGUAUUCCUAUGGAGAUGUUCAGACACUGUUACCCGCUCUAUCUCGAGACCAGGAACCCAUCUGCUGCCGAGGGUCACCAGGUCCCAGCCGGGCCAGCAGGAGACUGCAUCCGCCAGCGUUAUCGCCCUGUGAGUGUGAGGCGGGCGACGGCCACAGUGGUGGUAGCUGGGGUGGUGUGCGGAGUGGUGUGUGUGCUGAUGGUGGUAACGGCCACCUACGGCUGCAUCUACGCGACGCUGGUCGCUAAUGAACAUCAGGAGCUGACGCAUGGGAACAGCCAGCAGCAACAGCCACUGAUGGAGGACAAGGAACCAGAGCAGGAUGACAAAGAGGAUCUGAUGCCGACUAUCGGAAAGGGAGCAGAAGCCACAGAGUGCGUAGGGUGGAUGGCAUUCCCUCCAGAAGUGUGUGUUUAAAGCACGUAAUGAACUCAUAUGGGGUUUUUAUUGGUGCUUUUUUUAAUCAUUGAUGAACAUAGAUCUAUAAAUGUUUAGUUUGGGAGGGAGAGGGCAAAUGACCCAAUAGCUCAGGAGCAUUUAUAGCUCAUACUAAUUAAAGACAAAAUAUAUAAAACUAAUGAUUACACCUGGUAUUAAGAUGUGUUUCUGUUGAUCAGAUCAUAAAGCCUUGAUUUUAAAGAAACGCAGACUCUAUUCAUUCCGAAAUUCAAUGAAAUUCCACCGCACAACAGUGCAUGUUCACAUUUGUAAUUUUUGAAUCUGAAAUCGGAAACACCAAUUCUGUGACACACAUGAACCUUUAUUGACCGCUCGCCACCCGCCCGAAUUUAAUUAAAAUAUUUUUUUUCGCCACGUCAUCCGCCCGAUCCGCGGAGUCCGCAGCUGUAACCGCCAACCGUGCAUCUCCACUCCUUCGUCUACUUGUGAUCCGAUCGACCAAAACGCAUCUUAAUACCAGGUUAAACAGGGCCUAAACAUUCUUAAGUGGUACUCACUAAAGGUAUCAAAUAAAGGAAAAUUUCGAA